UGUGCAUGUGCAGUGGAUCUUUUUUAAUUUUUUUUAAUAACAUAACCUCCAAUUCAAAUGUAAGAUAACCUAAAAUUUAAAACUAAACGGAAACGAAUUAUUAAGCGAAGAUAGUAUUAAAUAAAUCAUACUAGAUAAUCAUGUUAAUUUCCAACAAGUAAUUUAUUUAGCGAGAUUUCAAGAAUGGAAACAGUCAAAGCGAACUCUGCAUUUUUGUGCAACUUUGAAGUCAUGCAGAUAUUGCAACAACUCAAAGACAAUACCCAGAAAAAGCACAAAAGAGAGGGAUCUCUGGCAACAGUUACCUAUGAGACUGUCAGGUAUCUGCAAGAGACGGAGUGCAAGAACCAGAGUGCCGCAGGAAUUCAGAAGUGUUUGGAGGCCCUCAAGGCAUUCAAGUUGACCAAAGUUGAGAAGUUGAUGAUGAUCAACAGUCCCCCUCGAACUGAACUGGAUAUUCAAUUGAUGGUGGAAGAAAGUGAAGAGAGACUCACUGAAGAUGAAGUUAAAAGAAUCAUAGAGAUCAUGAAGGAAUGUCUGCCUGAAUAAAUAUUUAGAUUUAUGUAGUUAUAUUUAAGUAAGUAAUAAUUAUCUAAGUACACAGCACAUCUAUUGUGUGGAUUUCAUCAUACAUAAUUAUCCUAUAGUCACCCACCCAGGUAUAAUUUAAUUUAAAUAUAUAAAGUAAGUCCAUGUGGAUUGUAGCGCUUCAUACAACUGCUAUUAAAUACUAGCCAUUUUAGAGGUAGAU